AGUAAAAUCAUCCAACACGUGGAAUCUACUAUGGAUGGAAAAUAUUUGGAGACUGCGAAGCUGAAAGAGAGUUUUCUUGAGUGCACGGUUUGCAACCUUAAUUUUGACGAUCAAGAUCACGUUCCCCGUCUCUUGAACUGCCUGCAUGCGUUCUGUUCUUCAUGUCUAGAGAAGAUUGUAAAAGACGAAAAAAUCACAUGCCCUUACUGCCAGAAAGUCCACUCAGCAAAAGGAAAUGACGUCACAAAUUUUCCCAAAGAUCUUACCAGACGAGAUUUGAUGGAUUUCGUCAGAGCUUCUUCUCAAGAGACUCCAAUAAUCUGCGGUCUGUGUGAUGAAAACAAGGUGGCAACACACCGCUGUAAGGAAUGCCAAGGAUGUUUUAUUUGCGAAGAAUGCUUCAGAAAUCAUCAAAAGAUGAAAACAUUUAAGGAUCACAGUCCACUAGCUUUGAAGGAUUUGCCUCAAGAUACCAUUUCUGGACUUGAGCAUUUCAGCCAUGAAGAAAUGUGCCCUGAGGUAGGACAUGGCGAGGCAUUAAAGAUGUAUUGCUCAGAUCCAUGCGGAAAACCGAUUUGUACUCUUUGUGCAUGCACUACUCACAAAGAACAUCAAAAUUACUCAAUAUCUGAGGUUUAUAAAGAGGAAAGUGAGUCAAUUCAGGACAUUUCCAAAGAGGUUGGGAAAAAGAUAGAAAGCUCAGAAAAACUUAUAGAGGCAGUUGAUAGGGAGAUAGUUUGCUUGCCUGAAAAGGCCGAAGAGCAAAAAGAAGCUGUUCGGGCUCAAUUUGCAAAUGCAAUAAGUUUGCUGGAAAGAAGAAGAGAUGAACUUUGCAAGACUAUGGAUGAACACGAAGAAAGAAACGUCAAACUCCUAGAAGUACAGAAAGAAGAAAUAAAGAAGUACAAAGAAUCUUGCAUCGAAGCAAUCCAUUUUCUCCAAACUUCCCUGGCCCACAAAAAUAAGCCAGCUUUCCUAAGACUUGCACCAACUAUUAGAUCACGAUUUCAAGAACUGGAGAAAACACCUCUUGAUGUAGAACCUCAUGCUAAAGCCGGGUGUGUCAAUUUUGAGAAGUUCAGUUUGAAGAAAUUUUCAGACACAGUUACAGGGUUGGGCCGAGCAUUAUGCACAUACGUAUAUACUCCUAAAUCUUCGAUCUGGGUGAGCAGCAAGAAAUUUGAGGUUGGAGUGGAAAAUGAGUUCAAAAUAGAAUUGAAAUCUGUCAAUGAAAUACCCAUCGACAAUGAGGAUGUCGUUCUUGUUCUUGAAUCCGAAGAUGGAAAGGAUGUUCACGUAUCGUGCAAAUACGAGGACAAUAUGAAAAAGUAUGUUGGCAAGUGGUGCCCUGAUGAAGCAAGAGAAUUUGGCUUAAAAAUCUUGUGUAAUGGAGUGCCCCAUGAUUUUCAACUUAAGAAAAUAAAUGUCGGAAAUGCAUCUCUACCCUCUGAGACAAAAACUGAAAGUCAAACAGCACCAAAAGAGAAAGAGAGUAAGAAAGCCAAUCUUGUUCCUGGAUUGUUAAGUCGCAAGAAAAGCAGAAGUAUAGGAAAGCUUCUGACUGGAAUAGAUUCACAGACAGCAGGAGAAUGCAAGAUCUGCUUGGACAUCUGUCAGAUACCAAAACAGCUUCCAUGUAAACAUAACUUCUGUAAAAGAUGCAUCGAUCCUUACAUGAAGACGAAACAGAAAUGUCCGUUUUGUGAGAAGGUGUACGGGAAGAUUUAUGGAGACCAACCAAAAGGACGAAUCAUGUUCCAAAGAGAAAAGAGAAGCCUCCCUGGAUACGAAGGACAUGGAACAAUUAUCGUCUCCUAUAUCAUUGAUGCUGAAAAGCAAGGGAGAGAACACCCACAUCCUGGACGUCAGCUCGCUGGCAGAUUAGAAAGGAGCGCAUUUUUACCAGAUAAUAAGGAUGGUCGUCUGAUUGCCAAGCUUUUAAACAUUGCUUUUAGCAGACGGCUUAUUUUCACCGUUGAUAAGUCACAGACGACAGGCGAGGAAGACGCUUUAGUGUGGAAUGACAUACACCACAAGACCCGCCGUGACGGUGGACCCGAAGAGCAUGGUUACCCUGAUGGCUCUUACCUUAAGAGAGUGUUUGAAGAACUCCAAAUUAAGGGCGUGACACAAGAAUCUGCGGACGACACCAGCGAAUUUAAAGAAUAUUCAGCAGUGUUCCAGUCGCACUGAAAAUCAAAUAUCCAGUAGUUAUUGCUCGAACAGAUUCAAACAGAAUGUAGUUUUUCAUUUAGUGAAUGUCUUCCCAGUACUUAGUUAAAGGAAAAGUUAGAUCAUGUUAAGUAAAUUUCUAGUUAUUGAAAGACUAAUUGUUUUAAAUUGCUAAAAAUCUAGCUUACAGAGUACUUAAAAUAUAACCGCUUUUUCAUUGCUUAAUAUAUAUAAAGUUCUGCGCUAAUCAAAUAUUUUCUCUCUUUUUCGUUUUUUUUUUUGUGUCUCAAAACUGGCAAUUAAAGAUCUAACGUGAAUGUGAACAUGAAAAAAAUUAACGGUUAAGUGAAGUACUUAUUAAAUAUUUAGUGAUUGCUGGUUGUAUUAAAGUUUUGACCAUGUU